CCCGGGUUGGGUUGUGGGGAAAGCCGGCUGGGGUUACUGUGGGAGGGGACGCUGCACCCACCAGUAUAUAAGGGCCCGGAGCGCUGUCUACCCACUGCGUAUAAACUCAAGAUGGUGCGAUUAUUGUUGUUACUUACUGCUGCUCUCACGCUGGCACAGUGCCGCCGCCCAUCCCUGGUCCCUCAAGAAGACAUGAUUGUGAGGACAGAUACACAGCUCCGCAUUACCUACCCACGCGGGGAACACCCUGACAUCACCUGCACAGCUUCGCCUCACCAAAUAGGGGAUGGCUCCGUGGUUGAUGGCAACGUGAUUGAUGGCUCUGUGGUUGAUGGCUCUGUGGUUGAUGGCUCUAUGGUUGAUGGCUCUGUGGUUGAUGGCUGGAGUCGCCUGCAAGAGUUGGACCUCAUGGUUCGCCUGGAAUACACUGACAGUCAAAGCAUCAACUGCAGCCUAGUCUCGACAGUCAGCGCUUCUCCAGAACAAAAUGACCUCGAUCCGAAGGCACUGGACCCCUCCUGGUGCCUACCCCCUACAGAAGGUGGCAUCAGUGCCUCUCUCUAUGUCUGCCCCGACGGUUGGCACCUGAUAGAGACAAGGUGCUUCCUACUGGCUAACGCCUCUGGCACCUGGCACGAGGGUCAGCAGUUCUGCAGUGAGGCUGGUGGGUCUCUGGCCACCGUCUCCAGCAAGUUCCAGCAGGCGAUCCUCAUGUUGACACUGGACGAGGACACCUGGAUAGGCUUCAACGACCUGGAGGAAUCCUCGUACGUCUGGGUGGACGGCUCCCUUAGUACCUUCACCAGCUGGGCCGAGGAUAAGCCUAGCGAGUCUAGUGUACUAUGGAUGAUCAAGAAGCAGAAGAAGUGCGUAGCAAUGCGACGCAAGUACUAUUACCUCUGGAGUAACAACUAUUGCGACGAUGUCAAGCAGUUCCUGUGUAGCGUCCCAGCGGUACCCACCACAACUACCACCUCUACCACAACUACCACAACCACCACCACUACCACAACCACCACCCCAUCAACAACCACCACCCCCACAACCAACAGUCCGCAGUCUGCCUGCGAUGAGGGGUGGCAGCAAUACCAGUCAUCAUGUUACUAUGUCAGCGAGGAAGAAGUUUCGUGGCAGAGUGCUCUAGAAUACUGUAGCCUCAUGGGCGCCUCCCUGACCUCUGUCACCAGCGAGGAGGAGCACCUCUUCCUCACCAACCUGGUCACGGAAAACACGUGGAUUGGCCUCAGUGACCAGCACACAGAAGGAUAUUAUGUCUGGGCAGAUAAUAGCGCCUAUAACUUCUCCAGGUGGGGGUACAACGAGCCCAGUAAUUCUUACAGUUUCCUGGCACUCGAUGAUGAAGACUGUGUUGAGAUGAGAUGGAACAUCGAAUAUCUUUGGAACGAUGAACCUUGCGAUACGGAUAACAGGUUCAUCUGUGAGCGGCCAGUCAACAACUAUGGCUAUAAUACUGUUUACUAGCUACAGAACAAAUGACAACCUAUUGAUAGUCCAAUUGACCGGCCACAGAGCCUAAUACAGUGCCAUCAGCCAUAGUCAGUCAGUCACUAUAUAUUAAACUUUUGAAUAUUACUAAACA